UCUCUGACAUGCUCUGGUUUCCCUAGUGGCCGUUACACAUUACUGCAGACAGUAAGAAGCAGCGCAUUGCACUGUGGGAUUAACAUGGCGAAUUGCAUUGUAGUUCAUUGGUAGACAUCGCAGAUGGUGAGUUUAGAGAGCUGAUGAUUCGGCCUUAUUACUGAAUUGUAGGGGUAACAGAGCUAAAAAACAAACAGGAACAAUAAUACUUGACAACAUAUACUUAGAAAAAGUAGUAACGUUUAGUAGUCCGUUAUUUAUUUGACUAAAGAAUUAAGAGGCCCAGACGGCAGACCACAGGAGAGCUACAGCCUACGCUGUAGUACCCUCUCCUGUGGACCAUCGCACUGAUGCUGGGCUAAACCUUUGGUGGUCUGCUUUGACGUGAGCUUCUGUCUGCUGGACCUCAGAAGAACGCCGAUAUAAUGUCACAUACAGGACCACCUCCGCGAUGGCGGAAUUGUCCAAGAAGAGGGCAGCCCGUAGCAGGAAAAUUCCUUCCCCUGAAAACGAUGUUGGGUCCUAGAUAUGAUGACCAAGUCCCAGAAGAAAACAGAUUUCACCCAAGCAUGUUGUCUAACUAUCUGAAGAGUCUAAAGGUCAAAAUGGGAUUGCUCGUCGAUCUGACCAACACUACUCGGUUUUAUGAGCGGAAUGACAUUGAAAAAGAAGGGAUCAAAUAUUUCAAACUGCAGUGCAGAGGCCAUGGUGAGUGCCCAACAGUCGAGGUCACAGGGAUAUUUAUCCGGUGGUGCGAGCACUUCAUGGAGAGAAAUCCCACAGAACUGAUUGGUGUCCACUGCACACAUGGAUUCAAUCGGACAGGGUUUCUCAUCUGUGCAUACCUGGUGGAGAAGAUGGACUGGAGUGUUGAAGCGGCAGUUGCUGCUUUCGGCCAGGCGCGACCCCCAGGCAUCUACAAAGCUGACUAUCUCAAGGAGCUCUUCCGUCGCUAUGGCGAGGUGGAGGACGCACCCCCGGCCCCUGAGCUUCCUGACUGGUGCUUCGACGAUGACGAUGGAGACUGCGAUGACGACGGCAAUGUGAUUGGUCAGGGGUCCGGCCCCAGCCCCAGCUCCUCGGCAGCGUCCUCGGGGAAGAAGAAGAAGGAAAGGUUAAAACUGGGUGCCGUCUUCUUGGAAGGCCAGUCGGUGAAAGGGGUCAUACAGGUCACUGAGCAGCCCAAGCUGGGGGAGAUCCAGAGGAAGUGUCAAGAGUAUGCAGAGUGGGAGAGAUCUGGUUUCCCAGGUGCCCAGCCUGUCUCCAUGGACGAACGGAACCUUAAUUUCAUCAAACAGAAUGCCUAUAAGGUCAGCUGGAAGGCUGAUGGAACACGGUACAUGAUGUUGCUAAAGGGAAGAAAUGAGGUCUACAUGAUUGAUCGAGACAACACUGUCUUUCACAUAGAGAAUCUUGAGUUCCCAUUCCGGAAAGAUCCUCGCAUCCACCUCUCGAACACUCUACUUGAUGGGGAGAUGAUUAUAGACAAGGUGAAUGGACAACCAAUCCCUCGAUACCUGAUCUAUGACAUAAUCAAAUUCAUGGACAACCCUGUGGGCCAGUGCGACUUCAACACCCGGCUCUUCUGCAUAGAGAAAGAGAUCAUCUUCCCCAGGCAAGAGAAGAUGAAGACGGGGCAAAUUGACAAAACCAAGGAGCCCUUCAGUGUCAGAAACAAACCCUUCUUCGACAUACACGCCACAAGAAAGCUUUUGGAGGGGAGCUUCCUUGCCCAGGUCAGUCAUGAGACGGACGGUCUUAUUUUCCAGCCUAUGGGGAAAUACAAGGCUGGUCGAUGUGACAACAUCCUGAAGUGGAAGCCACCCAGUCACAACUCGGUCGACUUUCGUCUGAAAAUCACCAAAGUUGGUGGUGAGGGGUUAGUACCGGAGACCAUGGGUUUACUGUAUGUCGGCAGCUAUGACAGGCCCUUUGCACGGAUGAAGGUAAACAGGGAACUGAAGAAGUAUGACAACAAGAUCAUUGAAUGCACAUUCGCCAGCAACACCUGGGUGUUCAUGAAGCAAAGGAUAGACAAGAGCUUCCCCAACUCCUAUGAAACAGCAAUGGCUGUGUGCAACAGCAUCCAGCACCCCGUCACAAAGGAAAUCCUCCUUGAGGUGGUGGACAGGUGUGCCCAAGUACAGCCACGCAAGCACCCCUCUGACAGCGACGCCAAACUCAUGCCCCCUCCAGCCCCCAAGAGACCCACCCUGCCCGUACCAUAGCUCUCCAGUUGGGUGGAACGGAUAUGUUUUCACUGUGGACUCUGCCGUAGUUCAAUCCACCAUAAGAAGGACAGAUCAAAGCAGUUCAGUAUCCAUUCUUCUGGUGGAUUGAUGGACGCUGACACACCUGACCAUUGUUUCUCAGCCACUUGCUGGCUAAAGCUUUUAUGUCAAGGUUCUGAAAUGAGUUGUCAUUUGUUGCAUUCUGGGCCGUGUACCCACCCCACCUUACCCACUGGUCGUUAUCAAAAAAUGUAAUCUGUGUGAUUUUACGGUUUAAUUUUACCCUUGUUGGUUUGUUGUUGACCCGUUGUCUCUUUUCCUGAGUGGAGCAGCUGUGCAUACUGAUCCUGAUGUGUAGAUAGCUGCCUGCAGACUCUUAGCUGGCCCCAGACCUGCUUCUGAUCAUGACCUGGUAGGAGAUCACACACCUCUGGGUUCUGUUUGGGAGCAGGUGCCAAAAUCCAACCUUAUCUCUCAUCUUAGACAUUGCAACACAAACUGUUCAUGUGUGUCUCUUUUUUUUUAUUUUGAAUGACAGAUGUAUCAUUUCCUAGUGUUUACUUCUUUGUUGGAGAUGCCCAUCCCGUCUCACACCCAUUCCUGGUUCUUCUACCAGUUAGAUGUUGUAAGCUGCUGUCAGUUUACUCAUAGAAUCUUCGUCUCUAAAGGCUGUUCCACUGGAUUUAUUUUUCCUUUGAACCAUUAAAAUAUCAGGUGAAAACACUGAACAUGGUCUUA